AUGGCUCGUCCUUCGCAAGAACAAACGAGCGUGCCAUCACCAGCAUCCGGUCCUCCGCCAUCUUUGCCGACGCCCCAGACAGAGCAACCUCAUUCGGUGGUCACGAAAACGAAAGCUCCAGCAAAGACACCCCAAGAGGCACAGUCUCGCGUAUCGAAGGUGGACCGGACAAGUGCGGCUACGUCUCCGAAGGAAUCACAAGAGGAAUUGUACAGUAUCGUUAGCCAGGUUGGUGAGGGGACGUUUGGCAAGGUGUACAAAGCUCGUAACGCCCUGAAUGGCUUCCAUGUCGCCUUGAAGCGAAUACGCAUGGAGACCGAAAAGGACGGUUUUCCUGUUACUGCCAUGCGCGAGAUCAAACUCCUUCAGUCCCUGCGUCACGACAAUGUAGUCCAACUUCACGAGAUGAUGGUGUCAAACGGCUCUGUAUACAUGGUGUUCGAGUACAUGGACCAUGACUUGACUGGCAUCCUGUCACAGACCCAAUUUUUCUUCACCGACGCUCAUCUCAAGUCGCUCUGUCGUCAGAUGCUCGCCGGGCUCGCAUAUCUGCAUCACAAGGGUGUCAUCCAUCGCGAUAUCAAGGGCUCGAAUAUACUCGUCAACAGUCGCGGAGAGCUCAAGUUGGGCGAUUUUGGACUUGCUAGGUUUUACCAGAAGCGGCGCCAGAUGGAUUAUACGAACCGUGUCAUCACCCUUUGGUAUCGUCCGCCUGAACUGCUCUUGGGCACGACCGUUUAUGGGCCUGAGGUAGAUAUGUGGAGUGCCGGAUGCAUCAUGUUAGAACUGUUCACGAAGAAGCCCGUGUUUCAAGGCGAACAUGAAAUUCAUCAGCUGGAGGUCAUCUUCAGAAUCUUUGGUACCCCGACAGUUCAACGAUGGCAUGGACUCGUGGAUAUGCCGUGGUACGAGCUCGUCAAGCCGAAGGAGAUUAUUGAGAACCACUUUCGAGAUAUGUUUCGCAGAUGGUUAUCACCGGAGGCUAUCUUCCUUGCAGAAAAGCUUUUGGAUUAUGAUCCUGGAAGACGUAUUACGGCCGCACAGGCUCUCGAAUCACCAUACUUCAAGGACGAGGAGCCACGAGAAGCUAUUCCAGUCGGGCUUGCCGAUCUCGAAGGAGAGUGGCACGAGCUCGAGACCAAGCGCGAGCGGGCUAAGAAGCGUCGAAAGACGGACAGUAUCGCGCCUCAGUGA